CCUGAGGCCAGAGUGCACUUCCGAGUGACAAGGUUCAUCAUGGAGGCAGAUGACUGGUAAGGGGAUUCCAACCCCCGACUCGGCAUUGUCAACACCAUGCUCCCCCAAGUGAGCCAACCGGCCAUCCCUAUACAGGGAUCUGAACCCGCGGCCUUGGUGCCAUCAGCACCACACUCUCCCAAGUAUCAAGCUAGGGAUGCAGUCCAUUCCCAUUGCUACCGCCUGCACCAUUUACCAUAAGUUCUUUUGUGAGAUCAACCUGGGCGCCUAUGACCCUUACCUGGUUGCCAUGUCUUCCAUUUAUUUGGCUGGCAAAGUGGAGGAGCAGCACCUGCGUACUCGUGACAUCAUCAAUGUGUCCAACAGGUAUUUUAACCCAGGUAGCGAGCCCUUGGAGCUGGACUCCCGCUUCUGGGAGCUCCGAGACAGCAUUGUGCAGUGUGAGCUCCUCAUGCUAAGGGUCCUGCGCUUCCAGGUCUCCUUCCAGCACCCACACAAGUACCUGCUGCACUACCUGAUUUCUCUGAAGAACUGGCUGAACCGCUACAGCUGGCAGCGGACCCCCAUCGCCAUCACAGCCUGGGCCCUGCUGCGGGACAGCUACCAUGGGGGGCUGUGCCUCCGCUUCCAGGCUCAGCACAUAGCCGUGGCAGUGCUCUACCUGGCCCUGCAGGUCUACGGAGUUGAGGUGCCCGCUGAGGCCGAGGCCGAGAAGCCCUGGUGGCAGGUGUUUAGUGACGACCUUACCAAGCCAAUCAUUGGUAAUAUUGUGUCUGAUCUCAUUCAGAUUUAUACCAUAGACACAGAGAUCCCCUAAGGCCCUGGCCCAGGCCUGUCCAAAGAGAAGCCCAGGAUGGUUGGCUGCCUGGGGAUGGUGCCACCAUGUUGCUGUAAUGGCUGGUUCCCAGAGGACCGGCUGGGAGGACCGGUUGUGCUGCCGGAGAUGCUUCCGCUUUGACUGUUCCCAGCAGCCGCGGUCCAGAUGAUGACAGGAGCUGUGCCUCCAGCAGGCGGGCCAGGAGUGCACUGUCUGCAGCCGAGCCGAGGUGGCCACAUCUGCUUUUGUCCUUUGGGAGGACUCUGACUGCAGUUGAGGCAUGAUGCUGUUGAAAGGAAAAUCAAAGAACAGCUGGGACUGCACCCCUAAGGAUUUUUUAAAAGCCAGAUUUAUAGAAAGUAUGGAUGUGCAACAAAGAUGGAAUUUUGUUUUCUGUAAUUAAAGAUGUAAAUCAGGGCCGGCCCGUGGCUCAAGUGGGAGAGAGUGUUGCUGAUAACACCAAGGCCACGGGUUCGGAUCCUAUAUAGGGAUGGCCAGUUAGCUUACUUGGGGGAGUGUGGUGCUGACAACACCAAGUCAAGGGUUAACAUCCCC